UCCCCUAAACCCGUCUCUGCUUCCUCUCCUCUCCCCUACCCCACUCCCCCUUACAUCGGCCCCCGCUCUGGGGACCCUCCACGUUAGUAAUCUAAGUACAGGUGCAUUAGGCCGGCCUAUGGAGGGCUGUACAAUUUAGCCGCUGAUGUUGCAGCAGUCGCCGCCUUUCUGUUGGGGAACCCGGCCUAGUCGGCUGCUCCGUGGUCUCUGGGGCGCAUCCGAGUAGCAGAUGAGGAAACAGAGGACGCAGUAAGGCCAAGAAGGGACAAAACCAGGAUUCAAAGCGACACCUCAGGCCGUGCUUUGUGUGGAAGAAGUGUCCCCCAUCAGGAGAGCAAGAAGCUACCCUCGUUGUGACCACAUCACUCCAUGUUAGAUAGUUCCCAUCUCUAAGUGGGGAAGCAAAUAUGUCACUUAUUCUAAGUAAAAGAGAAAAUAAUCAGAAGGACAAGUUAAAUAUGUCACUUACUCUAACUAAAGCAGGGAGUGACAGGGAGAUCAUGUUAAAUAGAUCACUUUCUCUAAGAAGAGAAACUGAUCAGGAGGACACCUUUGAGGAUGCCUAUGAAACCAUCCCCGUGGCAACAACAAUGAAUCUACUAUCUUCCUUGGAAGAAUGUACAACUGCAUUGUAUUUAUUUCUAAAUAACAGAUUCUCAGAUGCAAUAAGUCUCAUUUAUCCAUGGUCUAAAAACAGCACAUACCAUGCCCUCAUGUAUGGUAUCCUUAUGGUUGUCAAGGCCAUUCUGACUUUUGAGCCACAAGACAUACAGAUUGGAAUGACUGCCGCAAAGGAAGCUUUGAAAACCUGUAACAGUUUCCGAAAAAAGCCUAGGAUAAUGGCUUUGUCUCGUCUUGUGAGUAGACAGGGAAUAAAAGCUAUCAAAGAAGAAGAAUUGCAUGCAGAAGUCUGUUAUGCUGAGUGUCUGAUCUUGAAAUCCACCAUAACAUUUAUACAGGAUGACAGCAUGCUUGGUUUUCUUAAAAGUGGGAUCAACGUUGGGUCAAGUUACCAAAUAUACAAAGACUGUCAGCAAGUAUUAAUGCAUAUACCUAAUAACCAAAGCAAAGCCCACAAGCACCUGGUUGGAGGAGUCAAAUUUGGACUUGGAGCAUUCAAUUUAAUGUUAUCACUUGUGCCACCAAAGACUCUGAAACUGCUCAAUAUUGUUGGAUAUUCUGGUGAUAGAGAGGUAGGCUUGGCUUUGCUUAAUGAAAGUGCAUCUGAGAUCCAUAUAAAUAAUAUUCUAAGUGUUUUAACUUUAUUCUUCUAUUAUAGUUACAUCUUUGUAGCUUUUGGUGUUGAAAAGGUUUCAAUAUCUGCUACAGAGAAUCUCUUCUUAGUCUACCUCCAUAAAUUUCCAAACUGUGUGGUACUUAAAUUUUUUCAUGCACGUUUUACUAUGCUGAGAGGAAAUUUUGAAAGGGCACAGUUAAAAUUACAGGAGUGCAUUUUUACUCAGAAUGAGUGGAAACAGAUUCAUCACCUCUGCUACUGGGAACUCAUGUGGUGUCACAUCUUUAUGCAAGAGUGGAGGCAGGCUUACCACUAUGCCAACCUACUGUCUCAACAUAGCAGGUGGUCCAAGGCAAUUUAUAUGUACAGUAAAGCUAUCAUAUUGGCUUUGCUUCCUUCUGAAUUUGUGAAAUCAGUGAGUGAGGACAGGAAUGCUCUCUUCUUAAAAGUGGAUAGCCUGAGAAUCAAAUUUUUAGGAACUCCUGUGCCAAUAGAAAAGUUUGUUGCUGAGAAAGGUCAGCGCUACGCUACGACUACAGGCUGGUUUACAGCACAGCCCCUUCUGGAAUUCAUUUAUGCCUGGAGUGGUUUCCGAGUCAUGAGCAAAAAAAUAGAGCUUAUUUCAAGCUGGCUAUCCAUAAUUGACAAAGGAAAAGGCCUUUUACAAGAAAACCCAAAUGAAGAAUAUGGCACAGAUGACUUAAGUUUGUUAAAUUUACUGAAAGGUCUGUGCCUGAAACACUUAGGUAAAUAUUUGAAGGCUGAGCACUACUUUAAUCGUGUCAUUCAAAAGGAAAAAUUCUUAAAAUAUGACCAUUAUCUGGUGCCAUAUACUUACUAUGAACUGGGAAUUCUACACUAUCUAAAAGGAGAUUAUGCCAGUGCAACAAAAAACCUAGACAACAUAAAAAACUACAAAGACUAUUCCAUGGAAGCCCGGUUACAGUUUAGGGCUCAUAUAGCCCUUGAGCAAAUAGCUAAAGAAAAGUAAUAGCUUUGCGUAUUAUGAGUGAAAUAUCUGCAAUCAACAGUUAGCAGGUAGAAAAAAUGAUUUCUUUGUGGAGAAAAAUCCAAGAGGCAGCUGCUAAGAAUUUGAUCAGUAGCAAGUAAGAAAGGACUUUGCCAUGACUUUUCCCUGUUUCCUUCUGCAUACCUAUAAAAUGGAAUGUCUUAGACUGGCAAAUGGAGUGAUACUCAUCCUUGAAAAAGGGCAAAUGACAUACAUUAUGAAAGUGCUCUCUGUUAUGUUAUUAAUGUAUUGAUUAUGUCACAUAACGUUUUCCAAAUCUCAAAAAAUGUUUUCAACAUCUCAGUAGAUAAUGUAUGCAAUAUGCAAGUA